GAACAAGAACAAGAGAACAUCAGCAGAGCAGAGUAGCAGCGCAGCGACGACGACGACAACAAAGUAAAUCAACCAAAUUUACUCGUCGUUAGCAGCCAAUUGAAAGUGAUCCAAAAGGGUAUGACAUCGAAAUGGCUGGAUUUUUAAGAACAAGAAAACGAAGCCGUGAAGAUGAUCUGCCUUGCGAAUCAACGCCACUGUCGAAGCGUAUUAACAAUCUGCAUUUGACAUACGAUGACGGCAAUAGCAGCAGCAGCAGCAAUUGCAGCAUACCUAAUUUAAUCAAUGAUAACAACAACUAUAUAAUACCAAGUAUCACUGCCGGAGUUGGAGCUGUAGUAGGAGCAGCUGGAGGAGGAUGUUCACUUGAAGUUAUUGGUGGCAUAUAUGAGUAUAAUCCUGAAUUGAAUGCCGAUCAAAAUCCGUAUUAUUAUGAAAAAAAUAAGAUGUUGUACGACUUGCAUGUGGAACGUGUCAAGCGAAAUAAUCACUGAUUUUCAAGACAGACACAUUUUUUGUACGAUUUAUGUUUGUUAAUUGUCAUAAUUGCACGUGAUAAAAAUUCAUUUAACAUUAUUUAAAAUCAAUCUCAUUAAAGAAAAAACACAUACAAAAGCAACUAAAAUACAUGUUAAAUCAAAAAGAAACAACAAACCAACAAAACACCAAUAUAUCACAAGUAUGCCUAAAUGCAAUCGUAAAUAGAAAAUACACAAUUGCAAUUCUGAUAGUUGGAUAGUGCCAAUAAUUCAUAGGAAAUCUCAGAUGGAAUAGUUUGCCGACGAUCAAUCGAUCUUCUCUAUCGUAAAUAGUAGUUGUUCUCUCUCUCAGUCGUUUUGAUUGAACUUUAUAUUUGAGUCGUAUAUUGCAACGAUUAUUUUAUAAAUGCGCAAUCAAAAUUGUUGAAUGAAUGUGUUCGAAAUAAAUCUGUAAUAAUAGACCUCGUGACACACUUAAAAUACAUACAUCAUAUACAUAUAUAUAUAUAUAGUUACUCAUCUUGAACCUAAAUGUAUACAACAUUAAGACUUAACAAAAAUUGCUUGCACACAUUAGGCGUUCAAUAUACAUAUAUCUAUCUUUAUCUGCUCUUCAAGCUUAAUAGACAAAGCAAUUCUUUACAAACAUCUAGAAUUACGCGCAAGAGUGCUUAACUGAUACCACAUUAUAUAGUUAUAAGUUAUGUAUAUUAAGCCAUGCAAGAGGUAGCAAUACUGUUAAUAAAGUAUUAUAAGAAUUUUCCAAAUGUA